GCUCCCCGCGUCAUGUGGGAUCCGCCCUGCGAGGGCCGGGGCGAGGCAUGUUGCAAGCUCGGGGCAGCGGUCGAGGAGCUGGAUUUCCGCGGUUGUGUAAGGAGGUGGCAGCGGCGGCGACAGCCCUGCUUCGCCGCGUGGGGUCCGGGGCUCUGCGAUGGCUGGCCUGUGCGGGACCCGUGGCGCGCUGUCGGCGCACACGCUGCUGUUCGACCUGCCGCCCGCGCUGCUGGGCGAGCUGUGCACCAUCCUGGACAGCUGUGACGGUCCGCUGGGCUGGCGCGGCCUGGCGGAGCGACUUUCAAACAGCUGGUUGGAUGUUCGUCACAUUGAAAAAUACGUAGACCAAGGCAAAAGCGGAACAAGAGAGUUGCUGUGGUCCUGGGCACAGAAAAACAAGACCAUCGGUGACCUUUUACAGGUUCUCCAGGAGAUGGGGCACCAACGAGCCAUUCAUUUAAUCACUAACUACGGAGCGAGCUCUCACCCUUCAGCGCCUCGUCAUCAAGAGCUUCCAUUCCCCAAUGCACUGCCCAGUGUACAGCACGUGUGCAAAGAAAAUAACCCUGGACCUCUGGAACCAGCCAAAGUCACAGAGGAUAAUGUUCUUGCUCCUGAACAUAAUGAAAAAGGAGUACUGCAUAAACCCUCCAUCAGUUUCCAAAGUAUCAUAGAAGGAACCAAACAUUUCCACAAAGACUUCCUAAUUGGAGAAGGGGAAAUAUUUGAAGUAUACAGAGUGGAGAUUCAAAACCAAACAUAUGCUGUUAAAUUAUUUAAACAGGAGAAAAAACUGCAGUUUAAGAAGCACUGGAAGAGAUUUCUAUCAGAACUGGAAGUUUUCCUCCUGUUCCGUCAUCCUCACAUACUAGAGCUGGCUGCAUAUUUCACUGAGAUGGAGAAGCUUUGCCUGGUUCAUCCAUACAUGAGCAACGGGACACUUUUCGACCGACUGCAGUGUGCAGACAACACGGCCCCACUUUCCUGGCACAUUCGGAUCAGUGUGUUAAUAGGAACAUCCAAAGCCAUCCGAUACUUACACAACACGCAGCCAUGCUCAGUCAUUUGUGGCAAUCUCUCCAGUACAAACAUACUUUUGGAUGAUCAGUUCCAACCCAAACUAACAGAUUUUGCCAUGGCACACUUCCGACCCCACCUUGAGCAUCACAGUUCUACCAUAAAUACGACCGGCAGCGGCAGGAAACAUCUGUGGUACAUGCCAGAAGAAUACAUCAGGCAGGGAAGACUUUCCGUGAAAACCGACGUCUACAGCUUUGGAAUUGUGAUCAUGGAAGUUUUGACAGGCUGUAAAGUGGUACUGGACGACCCCAAACAUGUCCAGCUGCGGGAUCUCCUCGUGGAGCUGAUGGAGAAGAGGGGCCUCGAUUCGUGCCUCUCCUUUCUAGACAGGAAAAUACAGCCCUGUCCUCGGAACUUCUCAGCCAAGCUCUUCUCUCUGGCAGGCCAGUGUGCAGCAACUCGGGCCAAGUUAAGACCUACAAUGGAUGAGGUCCUGAACUCUCUGGAGAGUGCAGAGCCCAGCUUGUAUUUCGCGGAAGACCCUCCCACAUCUCUGAAGUCCUUCCGCUGUCCCUCUCCUUUGUUCCUGGACAACGUCCCAAGCAUUCCAGUAGAAGAUGAUGAAAACCAGAAUAUUCACCCAGGGCCUCAUGAGAGAGCUCUGAGGACAGAUAAAGUGACUCAGAAAACCCCUUUUGAGUGCAGUCAGUCUGAGGUGACCUUUCUGGACUUAGACAGAAACGCGAGGAACAAGAGAAGCGAAGCGGCUUGCGAUAUGCCCAGCUCUUCUUGUGAGGGAUGUUGGACCCCAGAGCUUGCAGCAGCAUCUCAGGACUUAAGGCCUACUGAGAUCACGUUGAGUUCCUCUUGGGAAGUGCCAGGGCAUUCUUUUGGGAGCAAGCCAAUGGAGAAGAGGUCCUCCUCUGGACUCUUCUGCAGUGAGUAUGAACAGUCCGAAAAGCAGUGAAUUCACUGGAAGAUAAAAGAAAAACAAAUGUCACCCAAGGCACCUGAAUGAAGAAUGUCACCAUGAAAAGAUACGAACUCCAUGAAUGAGGCCCAGGGAACUACUGGCGGUGGAUUUUAGUAGUGAGAAUAAACAGACAGGCCAUUCUGUUCCCUUCCAUUUCCCCAAACAGAAGACUUAAAGAAAUGUGUUAUCAGGAUGAUAUAGGUGGACUUUUCCAUCCUACCAGUCAUUCCUAAAUAACCACACAGAGACUUAAUAUUAAUUAUAAAUGCUUGGCCAAUA